AUGUGCUUAAAUGUGUUUUUCAGCGGAGAGAGCGGUGCAGGGAAGACCGUGGCAGCCAAAUAUAUCAUGGGCUACAUCUCCAAAGUGUCAGGGGGCGGACCCAAAGUACAGCAUGUCAAAGACAUCAUCCUGCAGUCCAACCCGUUGCUAGAGGCCUUCGGCAACGCCAAGACCGUGAGGAACAACAACUCCAGCAGAUUUGGGAAAUACUUUGAGAUCCAGUUCAGUUCCGGUGGAGAGCCAGACGGGGGGAAAAUCUCCAACUUUCUCCUGGAGAAGUCACGUGUCGUCAUGAGGAAUCCUGGAGAGAGGAGUUUCCAUAUAUUCUACCAGUUGAUAGAAGGAGCCACUGCAGAGCAGAAGGGCACCCUGGGAAUCACAAGCUUAGAUUACUACACUUACCUCAAUCAGUCCGGUUCCUACAAAGUGGACGACAUCAACGACAAGAGUGACUUCCAGGAGACCACGCAUGCAAUGGAUGUGAUUGGCAUCUCAUCGGAGAACAACUCCAUGGUGCUUCAGAUUGUGGCCGGAGUCCUGCACCUGGGAAAUAUCACUUUCAAGGAAGCAGGAAACUACGCUGCUGUGGAGAGUGAAGAGUGUAAGUAG